GACAGUUACCGUUUUGUCGGCACAAUAGCCACCAAUCAUUGUUUUGAUUAUUUACAAAUUUCAAAUCUGAACACAAAUGCAAUAUAAUUUAAACAUAAAUUUAUACACAAACAAAGAAGAAAUAUCUAAGCAAGUGCUCCAAAUUAAACCUCCAGCAAAAGAUGGAUUAUUUUUACAAGUUCAGAACACAGUGGAAAAAGGAGCACUUAAACAGGUCCGACGGUUUAUACACUUAUGCUUCAACAGGCAAGAGAAUGUGUUGGUAACGAGUGAUCACACUGGGAAUAUAGUGGUAAUAGAUUUGGAGCGUGAGAAAUUUUGGGUGUUACCUGCUAUAAGCUUGUGUACCGUUUUAAAAUUCUCAGCUUAUAAUGCCGGUGAAGUAAUACUAGGGGUGCAGACGGGUGCUUUAUACAUAAUUAACAUUGAUACCUGUGACAUUACCGGAGAAUUGCUAUGUCACAAUUAUCCAGUGGUGGAUGUAUCGUUUUCGCUUCCUUACAUAUGUUUAAGUGCCUCAAGAAAAGAGGCAGUAAUUUGGGAUCUAAGGUCAAAUUCAAAAAUUCAGGUGCUAUCUCUUUUGGAUGACUGUAUCCUUAAACAUGUAAUGUUUACACCAAUUGUUGGCGAUAUCUUAGCUUGUUUCGAUGAUAAUUCAAUUGUAGUGUGGAAGUAUGGCACUUACGAAGUGUCUCAAGAAAUCCAGUCAAAAUCACUGCAAUCCAUAAAAAGUAUUACAUUUACAAGAAAUGGACGUGCUAUGGUCUUGGCCGACCGUUUGUCACAGCUAACAAUCUUCAUGAUCGACACUUGGGCUGCUAGUCACACACUCACCUUGCCAGAAUACAUAAUGUCGAUAAGAAAGAUCGCAUUUAUACCGCAACCAUUUGAUGGUGGUGCGAAUAAAGUUUUGGGAAUACUAUCUGGGGGAGGCGUUCUGUAUUUUUACAAUAUGGAAACUGAAGAAAUCCUUAAUAAAAUAUCGAAUAAGGCUGAAAUUUUAAAAUUUGAUUGCUCCGGAGAUGGAAAGUAUGUGUCCUGUCUUUUACACUCCGGAGAAUGUUGUAUUUACUCCACCAUAAAGUAUACUAGAACGAAAACAAACUCAAGGUCUGCUCAAAGGGUACCCAAGAGUCGUGACAGUGUAAUACAGAAGAAGAAGUCGGAACUUGCUAAUAUUCAAAAGCAGAUGAACGAAUACUUGGCAACUGACCGACUUGUUGCCAUACUGAAAGAGUACGGCGAAUACCCCGAUUCGUAUCGAUUGAAAAUUUGGGCGCAACUUUUACAACUCCCUAAUAACAAAAAACAGUACAAUAACUUUAUCAACCAUGGAUCACCUGCGCCCUUCGAAAACCUACACCUCGACAAUAAAUUGGCACUGCUCAGCCUUAAGAAGCUGCUUUCGAAUUUAAUUACCUGGUGCCCCCAUUUCGCCCAUGUUACCUACAUGCCAGUAUUUGUCUUUCCGUUUAUCAAGAUUUUUCAAAACGAACCCAUCGUUUGCUUUGAAGCAGUUUGUUCUAUUAUAUUAAAUUGGUGUCAAUAUUGGUUCGAGUAUUUCCCCUUGCCCCCCAUAAAUAUUUUGGCAAUGAUCGAGAAUAUUAUAUUUGAGCAGGAUCCAGAACUACUCGAGCACUUGACAAAUAACGAUAUAACUUCAAAACUGUAUGCUUGGCCCCUUUUAGAGGCAGCAUUUUCUGAAACAGUGAGCGGAGUUUACUGGUACAGGCUAUGGGAUCACAUUUUAAGUAACGAACCUGCUUUUUUAAUCACAUGUGUUGCUGCAUACAGCAUUUAUAAUCGACAGACACUGUUAGGUAUGAGCAAAACAAGCGACUUCGAGCACUUUUACCAUUAUCCGAACACAUUUGAUGUGAAAAAGUUUAUUUUGAAAGUGUACGCGCUGAUGGAUAACAUAAGCGAAAAAAACCACCCGAGGCGUUUCCUGCAUUCUUUUAGGUGUCUGCCUUGCGGAUCGUACCCUAGCUUUUCUGGGUUUCCAAAGAACUUAGUUAACUUCAAUUUUGAUCAAAUACAACAGUUAAAGAAUGAACAAAAGGAAAUCGAUCGUGAGACCGAAAUAAUGCUAACGCAUAGACAAAUGUUGACUAAGAAUAUGGAAAUUGAAGAAAGACAACGGGUUGAAGAAGAGAGGUUGACAGAAAUGGAAAUUGCUUAUCGUAAUAAAAUACUGAAAGAAACCGAACGCGUGAAAGAAAAAAGAAACCGCAUUAAUGAAUUACGCCGACAUUUACAACUUGAAGAAAUGGAAUUACUGAAUAAGUCUAGAGAGCGAAUUUUAGAACGGAAUACGAAACAUCGGCAAAGAGAGAUGGAACAACUGUUAGGAAACGUAGAGCAAAACUGUGCCAGCGAAGAAGUGGAGUUGGCGAGAGUGGAAGGUGACUUAGUAAAGCAAUAUUCCGAGUUAUUGCAUCAUCAAAUAAAAAUUGAGAAUAGCUUGCACGAUGAGAUUCCAAGUAACAGUCAGAGCGAUGAGUGCCACAUAUUGAAAGCCCAUCAGCAGAAGUUGGUCGAGUCACUAGAACUGCUUAAAACCAAUGGAGGGAAUCAACAUAUCAAAAACAUCGCGCUCGCCACCGGUAUAUCGGCUCUAGAUGAUCUAAUUAUGAAAAUAAAACUGGAGUUGGCUCAACAAAUAGACGACAAUGUAACCGAAGACCUACACUCUGCGAGAAAAGUUUUAAGAUUGGGAUCGGAAACAAAACAGCUUGAGUACGAAGUUUCGAAGUUGCUGUCCGUUUUGGCUGAUGUUAAGUCACAAGAACACAAGCAAAGGACGCACAGAUCGCAUGAUGGCAUGCAAUCCAGGAAAAGUUCACAAAAGUCAUUUGGAACAAGUCGUUUGCUACACGUGCAUGGAGAAUUUGCCAAAUUAAGGGAGAUGAUUCAGGAGGCUUCGGCUAACGAUAGCUUGGGAGAUCUAAGCGACGAGUUGGCCGUAAUUAAUUUAGAAGCAGAAUAAACCUGUUAUACGUUGUCUAUUUUUAUUUAUAUUUUUGUCAUUCAAUUUACAGACAUGAAAAAUAUACUGUUCAUUUUGA